CACUGCAGUCAGUCAGUCACUUUCUGCUGGAGGAUUCACUCGCACCGAUAACAUGGGUGUUGAAGUUGAAACAAUAUCACCGGGAGACGGAAGAACCUUUCCGAAGAAAGGACAGACAUGCGUUGUGCAUUACAUAGGAAUGCUGCAGAACGGCAAAAAGUUUGACUCGUCGCGAGAUAGAAACAAGCCUUUUAAAUUCAAGAUCGGCCGACAGGAAGUUAUCAAGGGCUGGGAGGAAGGAGUAGCACAGAUGAGUUUGGGUCAGAGGGCGAAGAUCACCUGCACCCCAGAUAUGGCUUACGGGGCCACAGGUCACCCAGGGGUCAUUCCUCCCAACGCCACCCUUUUAUUUGAUGUGGAGCUGCUCAAACUGGAAUGAAUCACUAGCUUUCACAGGGCAGAAGUGCUCAGACGCUGAAGGAGAAACACUAGCCCCACCUAAACCUUCCUCUUCUUCGUCAGCAACGUCUUUUCUGUUCUUUUCCAUCAAAUGCAACGUGUAGACGCUUUCAAACUUUCUACACACCUCACAGUUAUAAACUCUUUUCAUUCUAGGUCACAUUUUAUGAAUUUUUCAUGCAUAGAACGUCAUGAUUUAAUCAACAUUUGCAUGUAAUUUAUACCGCACCGAAUCCAUUGCCUUACUGAAUGUGAGUAGGGUUAGUAUUUUACAGUUCUGUACUCUUGAGGGGCAUUAACAACCACUGUCAGCAUUGCCACUUUUGAUAAACGUAUAUCUAGCUGAAUGCAAAUGAUAAAUGAUAAUGUUACUGUAUUUACUAUAUAUUUUAUAAAAUAUAUCCCUUAUUGACAUUUUCUGCAAGUCUCAUUUCAGUCUACAAAAAUGAGACGCGGAACAAAGCGAAUAUGUACCGUGGAGUGCUUUGUCUUCUAUAAACGUUUUAUCAGCUUGCUCUUAAUAAAUAUAUUUGAACACUUUGAA